AUGAGCAUGGACGAUCCCGCUGAGAUGAUGCGCGUGCUACAACAAAAAAUGGACGAGAUGCAGCAACGUCACGAAGAAGAGAUGGCGGCCGUAAAGGCCGACUGCGAAGCCCGGAUAGCCCGGGAGAUUGGACGGAUGGACGGGGGAGAGCGAGUGAAGGAUAAGGGAAAGGGGGUGGAAGGAGAACGCCCGCCCCCAGAUACCGAGGGCGACAAGACUUGGAGGCCUUCCGGAUCGGAGGCAGAAGAAAGCAAGGUUAAAUCGGUGCAUGCGGAGAGCGCUGCCGAGGACGGGCGGAUGGUAGUCAAGUCGGAGCCUUCAUCCACUUUAUUACUUCCAUUCACCCAGAACAUAAUGAACGUCCAAAUCUCGGAGCAAUUCAUGGCUCCGCAGUUCAAAAUGUAUAACGGGACGACAGAUCCGGCGUCCCAUAUCCAGACGUUCUCGAACGCCAUGGCGUUCCGAACGGGCAAUGACGCCAUUUGGUGCCGAGCGUUCUCGCUCUCACUAGAGGAAGAAGCUUUGGAAUGGUUUAACACCCUCCCCCCCAAUUCAAUAGAAAACUUUACCGGUUUAAAGCAACUAUUCAUUAAACAAUUUGCGGCCAGUAGUACCCAAGACCUGACCGUAUUCGAAUUGAUGACUCUCAAACAGGGGAAGGACGAAGCGCUGCGAUCAUUCAUGGACCGGUAUCAGAAGACGGUCCGGCGCGUGAAAAGCCUGACCCCAGAGCUCGCCCUUCACUACAUCCUGCCGGCUCUAAAGCCGGGACCGUUUAAGGAUAACGUCUGCAGGCGAGCGCCCAAAACGAUGGAAGAGUUGAGGGAACGGGCUGCAGAUGAGAUAAGGGUGGAGGAGAUGAAGCUCUCCUACAAAAAAGAAAAUCAAGAAGCCAGGGAAGCAAGGACGGACGGUAAUAAGCCCGGCUCUUCGACGGGAAAAACGUCCGGUCCUAGGCCCCGGGAGCAGAGAAAGGGGCCCCGUUUCCCACAGUAUACACCUCUAAAUGCCUCGAGGGAGAAAAUUCUCCGAGAGGCCCUGAGUGCGGAAUUGAUACCAGAGCGGGAAGCGAACCCGACUCCGAAGAAUGCUGAUUGGAGCAAACACUGUGCGUACCAUAAAAAUAUGGGUCAUACCACCGAGGAUUGCUGGACCCUCCGGGAUAAGAUAGAAGAGCUCAUCCGGGCGGGAAAGCUUAAAAAAUACGUCCGCAAUGAGCACCCACCACAAUCAAUCGGUCGGCCUACUUAG